UAGGGGACAACGCCCUUUGACAUUUCAAUUUUCUUACUCAAUUCAACAUUAUAUUCAGCAAUCCGCGAAUGUCGUCGACGAAGUACUGACAAGAGACACAAUCUCCGCGCCGUUCGUAAUUACCCGAGAAGAAUUAUAUAAUUAUUCCAAAUGUAACAGCGAAUCGAACAUCCUGUUGAGAGUCAUCAGUGGCAGCGUUAUUAACGCAACUAUUCUGGGUUUAUAUUAAAAGUCUAAAUUUCAGCGCAUUCAUCAAACGAACUAAACUGCAGAAGAAAAUCUCUUUCAAUGUAAACAAUUAAUCGCGACAUUUCAACACCUUUCUACCCGGGAUAUACAUCACAUGUAAUUUCACUUGGAAAGGAGUAUUAACUACUAUCGAAAAGGUAGCUAUCGAAUUCCGUUGCCUGUGCAUUCCGCACAGAAUAACCGAUCUGCAGGGUUCGAACGACGGCUCGUUGUUUCAAGGCAGACUUUCAUUCAUAGGUCUAUCACCGUGUGACUGAUACGUGAUUUUUAUUGUGAUCAAUGGAGGACCUAAAUAUGUCAACCGAAUUGAAUCUUACGAGCGAACUGCCACCCAAUCCCAGUGGAUAUUUUAGCCAGAAACUGAUAGCGGUUGUCAUAUGGUGUGCUAUCUGCCUUGUAGGCGUGUGCGGAAAUACCUUAGUUCUUGUCGCAAUCUCCACAUCAAGGAGGCUACAGUCUCACAACAACCGCUUUGUUGGGUUUCUAGCAGUAACAGACCUUCUUACCUGCCUCAUCAUGCCUGUACAAAUCGCUGCUCUCCUGGAGGCAAGAUCGAAGUUUUUCCAUAUAGCUUGCAGCGUGGCAGGUGUACUGGGAUACGUCACACUUGGAGCAAGUGCCUUCACGUUGGUCUUGAUUGCAUUUAAUCGCUACAUCUGCCUUACACAAAGGCUUUCCGUCAAGAGAAGGUUGUUCUCGCGUUUCAAGUCGGCGGUAAUGGCUUCAUUUGGAAUCCUCUUUCCCCUAGGGAUCACUUUAGGAUUCGUGGUGACUGGCAAUGCGAGAACAGGUCUUCUCAGUGGUCUUUUCUGCACCAUUGUGUAUGGGCCCUUACUGGAUAUGGUGGCUGGCACAUUUCUUCUCGUAUGCGUCGUGGUGACACUCGUAUUCUAUCUACUUAUCGCUAAGGUCGUUCGAUCACAUUCUAGGAAGGUCGUCAUGAGUAAUGAGACACUUCGAGAGAGCAGCCCACCGUCAAAUCUCUCCAGGCCAAAUAAUUCAAACGAAUUGAGCAUCCAACAGGAAAAGUGUAACGGUACAGAUUGCGAUUCCGGCAAAUCAGGUUCAAGAAAGCAAUUGCCGUCCGCAAUCCAGUGGAAGGCGUUGCGAUUGCAGGAGUCUCCCACGUCCACCCCGGAUAAGCUUUUUAUUCCAGUGAAAAGAGUACCUACUGACAGACGCCCGACAUGCCAGAUUGCACAACCAAUCCCAACCGCCAGUUCUGUCAGUAUUUCCAGUAUCCAAGCAAUAAGCACAAUCGUACAGGAGCGGGAGGACACAGAGACAAUGAGAUCUAACCAACGACGUGUCGCGCGACGGCCGAGAAUGUACGAAGCACCUGUACCGAUGAUCAAACUCGAGAAGGAAGUCACGAAGAACAUGAUCGUGAUCGUUCUGGCUUUCGUCAUUGCCAUUGCCUUCACAUCUGUUAGCAUUCUCUUUCCACACCUACCUUAUAUCUACGACCUCUUUGCCUACGUUUUACUUAACGCCAACAGCAGCAUUAAUCCAAUAAUAUAUGGCUGGAAGCACCCGCUCCUGAAGCGCACCUUCCGUCAUCUCUUGCGGUGGAGAUUAGAGGAAAUUGAUCAACCAACGAGGUGGGUCAGAAAGUGCAUCUAUUGAAAAUUGAAUGUGUUGAGAGCGAUCUUUCAUCAGUUAGUUCUUUUCCAACAUGCUUGCAGUUAAAAUGAUGAGUGAAUUUAACAAAAUCAGACUACUGUAUCCAUCUGUAUUAUUACUUUACGAUUACGAGUCUUUACGAUCUGGCCUCCUUUGGCAGGGAACCUCUAAAAACUUUUCGAGCAUUUAGAACUCAGUCUGGUAAUAUUGAAAGUGAAUGUGGUUAAUUAUCUUAAUCUGGCUGGUAAAUGAUUAUUAUAUAAAUAUAUUACAUAUAUAA